GAUUAGUUUUCUAUUAGAAUUUGCAAUAUUUUUUUAAUUCUUAUAUUAUCCUUACAAUAACUAUUCGGACAAUUAAGAUAAAAACACUGUUCAUCUUUCCCUCAAUAGAUACACGAUCAACAGCGGCCGUAAAGUGGCCUCCACCAAAAAGGCGCGAUUGGAAAAGCAAUUCAUUAUCCACGAAACCCCACUUUACCCAACACCCACCCCCUUUCUUGUCUCUCACUCUCACUUUCUCUCUCUCUCUAGUUUACAGACGGUAGUGACUUAGUGACGGGUUCCAGCCAAGCAUAAGAAAAUAUGCUAUCUCCGAACCCUUUUUGUCUUUUUUGCGCUAUUCUUCUCUGCCUACCUCUUGCAUUCAUCUUCACAGUUACCAGCCCCACUAGCAGCAGCAGCACAGAUGACACCGGCGCCACCACCACCACCAUCCAUAAACAACAUUGAGCAAAGCAAGAAUAGCGGAAUCAAAAGCAAAAUUGUCAGAAGACUGCAGCCGCCACCAGCAGUUAUUCCAGAAGACGACGAAUCUCCGUUCCGCAUCGCCGGCCGAGUAAAUCGAAACCCAUCACCCACUGGAGCAACAAAGAAAUUAGCGUUUAUGUUCCUGACUACUUCGGAUCUCCCAUUUGCUCCACUAUGGGAGUGCUUCUUCCUUCCAAAUCAAACCCAACAACAGAACAAUAGAACGAAGCUCUUCAACAUCUACAUCCACGCCAACCCAUCUUCUCACUACGACCAACCAUUCUCCGGCGUCUUCUUUGGGCGCACCAUCUCCUCCAAACCCACCCAACCGUUUACCCCAUCUCUUGUCUCCGCUGCUCGUCGCCUCCUUACUCACGCCCUUCUAGACGACCCCUCCAACGCCAUGUUCUCUCUCCUCUCCCCCUCCGUUCCUUUGGCUUCACAUACAGAACCCUCAUUGGAUCCGAUAAGAGCUUCAUCGAGAUCCUCAAAGACGAACCGGGCAGCUUCGACCGAUACGCUGCGCGUGGACCGGACGCGAUGCUCCCCGAAGUACCAUUCGAAAGUUUUCGUAUAGGAUCGUAGUUCUUCAUCUUGACACGCUGGCACGCUUGGCUUAUGGUUGUGGUGAAGGUCAGGCAUCUCUGGUCUAAGUUCAAGCUGCCAUGCGUGUAGUGGAACACGUGUUACCCCGAGGAAAACUAUUUCCCUACCUUACUCAACAUGGACCCACGUGGGUGCGUGCCAUCAACUUUAACUCACAUGACGAUGGCAGCUCGACUACAAACUUCUGAGGUUUCGCCGGAGCUGAUCCUCUCGCUUAGACAAGAUAGGCUCAGAUACGGUGACGAUGGCAACUCGACUGCCAAUGGCUCCGACUCGUCUGUGUCGAAACAGCACAACCCUUUUCUUUUUGCCCAAAAAUUCUAUAGCCGGCGACACCAUCUUUCAAGACUGUAACUAGUAAGUUUGGUUGUAGGAUUUUAUAUAUAGAAAAGAAAUACAAAAACAUGCAAGUGUAAUUGUGUAAACCCCUCUCUUUGUCUGUAUUCUCUGAGUUAUUUUUAGUUUUUAUCAACACUUUUAACUCAGAGUCAACCGUCGCUGUUGUUUAUGUAUGUGAGGUCGAGGAAGAUGAAUAGUACUUUUCUCUCAAUUGUUAGAAUAUUUAUUACAAAAGUGGUAUGGGGAUUAAAACGACGGAUUUCAACGAAAAACUAACGGAAGUGAGUCUUUAUCUCACGGUCAGGGUCUUUGUAAUUUACCCUUUCUAAUAUUUCAGAAUAUUUUUUUGAUUAAUACAAAGAUUCUAUUCUUUUACCUAA